UGAAAUUGAAAAGCGGAAGCCAUCUUGUUUCAAAUAACUCGAUAGCUAGCGUUAGCAGUGGCUAUUCUCAGAAGCGUCUCACAGCAAAACGCAGGUGUAUGAUACAAACAAACAAUGCAGAAUCGCUGUGCUGUACCAAACUGCAUUAGUAGCAAAUCCGACCGCCAGCCUCUCUUCAGGUUUCCCCAGGACCCAGAAAGGUCCAAGGAGUGGGUUGAAAAAUGCCAAAGGAAAGACCUCGCAGACAAAUCACCGGACCAGCUGUACAGAUACUACAGACUGUGUGGAAAACAUUUCGAAACAUCUUUGAUCGAUUGUGAUGCUCAGAGUACAGUGUUGAAGGAGGAUGCCAUACCGACUAUCUUUGAUGUGGCAAGCCAACCUCAAAAUGGACAGGAGAAGCGCAACAAAGAGACGACCAAGGUUGAUGAAACAGAGAGUAGGGGGAGAAAACGAAUCAAGAAGUCUCAAGCAGACACAGCUAAGGAAGAUGUCCAGACUGUUUCAGAGGAGGAGGAAUACAGAGAGCAUCUCAACUCAUUAUUUGAAGUUCUUGUGCUGUUGGGAGAGCAAAGCAUUCCUCCUGCAGGCCCUGGUGAUAUGAAACAGGAUGGUCUUGGGUCAAGCACCUUUCAGGCAUUGUUAGAAUAUCGCAUGAAUUGUGGAGAUGAAGUCCUAAAGAAGAGGUACGAUACGAAUAAGGAGUGCUGCUCCUCAGCCCAACUCGGUCAGUUGAUAGAGGUGUGUGAGAAAUGCAUCCGCAGCAAGUUGGUGGAGGAGGUUAAACUAAACGGCUUUUUUUCAUUACUUACUGAUGAUUUGGUGAAGAUCUCGACAGAAUGGUACCUCCCUGUGUUUGUCCGUUUUGUGGACCAGUCAAACUGCCAGGUGGAGAGGUUUUUUGGAUUCUUGGGCUUUGAAGGAGAUGGAGAUGCCCUGGCAGAGAAACUGCUGUCUGAGAUGACUGACAAAUGGGGCCUGGAUAUGGAACAGUGUAGAGGUCAAGCCCACUCCUACUCUGGGACACAUUUUAGUAAAAUAAAAGCAUUUUCUGCCAAACUGAUUGAGAAGUAUCCAAUGGCAGUGCUUGCUCUGAGAUCUACUUGUACACUGAAUGUGUCACUUGCCAACGGUAUGGCUUUGUCAGGGGUUCGGCUUGUCAUGUCUACCUUCAAGAAGAUUGAGACCUUCUUCAGUCAGUCCCAUUUACUGCAAUUGGAGUUGGAGCACGCUAUUAUGAUCUUCUACCCGGAAAAAGAGGAGAAAGCCAAUGAACUGAAGGAGAUCUGCCGUACCAGCUGGACCAGGCGAAAUGAUGCAUUCGAGGUAGCAGUGGACAUCCUGGAGGCACUGCUGCUCUGUGUAGACAGUGUGCAUGACAACGAAGACAUGAGGUGGAAUGACCAAGUCGCACACAAUGCCUUAGAGAUUUCAAAAGGACUAGCUGAUUUUGAGUUUGUCAUGGCGUUGGUUGUGCUGAAAAACGCAAUGACACUUACUCGAGCAUUUGGGACGAACAUGCAAGGAAAAGAACCAGAUGUCCAUUUUGCUGCAACCAGUUUAAAAGCUGUUUUGCACUCCCUGAAGGAAGUUUCCGACAACAUCGAUGUGUAUCAUGAGUUCUGGAAUGAUGAGGCCGUUAACCUAGCCGCUGCGAUGGAGAUCCCAGUAAAGCUUCCUCGCUCAUUCUUGAGAAAGCAUCAGUCAGAAUCUGGAACCAUUCAACCAGAUAGUUACUACAAGAAUCACCUGUCUGUUCCUGUGGUGAACCACAUCAUCAAAGAAAUCAAUGAGCUUUUCAUUGAGGACCAUGUGAAGGCUCUUAGGUGUCUGUCACUGAUCCCUGCCAUCAUAGAGCAGCACAAAUCCACCGAACCUGAAGAGGAGAGUGUGCAGGUGUUUAAAAAUGACAUCCCUAAUGCAGGAACCCUCUCUGCCGAGCUCCACUGUUGGUGGGUCAAAUGGAGCAAAAAGGCCAAAGGUGAGACGUCGCCCUCCGAUCUCCGUGAGACACUGCUGUUGGCCGAUGUGAAGUUUUUCCCAAACAUGCUUGCUGUACUGAGACUGAUUGGGAUCCUGCCUACCUUGGCUCUGGAGGACAGCUGCAAUCUGGCGUAUAAGCGCUUUAAGAUCUACAUGGCGAACACGCCUGACCAAUUCAGGUCAAAAAGUUUGUCUCUUUUGAACAUGAACUAUGAUGUUGGGUAUGAUCUGGAUUCAAUGGUUGAGGUUUACAUGAACACGUACCCUGACAGAGGGGAGGUGGUGUGCGACAAGUGAGUUGUGAUGUGGUGGUUAAACAUAUGGAAGGAUUAUCUACAGUUUUGUUAGUUGUGCAGGUUGUGUUAUCUUGAACUUUAUAUUGACUUCGGUUUUGUGUCUCUCAUUCGACCUAGUACUCAUACUUAUUUGUUUUUGUGAUAAAAUGUAGAAUGUAAAUGAACAAACAACCGGACAGAAGUGUCAUAGCAGACAUCUCUGAAUUUUGCUGCUCCAUUUUUUCCCGUGUGUGUACGCGCACGUGCGUGCUUCUGUGUGUCACUGUUGGAUCUGCUGACAUUGAAGUGGGUAAGGGGGAUCAGAUCAGCCAUGUAACCUUCCCUGAACAAUUAAAUAAAUUCAUAAAUUCAUUCAUUUCAUAACUGUUUGUCAUUUUCAUUCUAAAUCCAUAAUGUUCAUCUUGAGUCUGUUCUGAAACAAGGUCUUGCCCAAACACAAGUCUUAAUGCCAUUUCAGAAAUGUGCUUUUUGA